AUGAAAGUCUCAGUUACCUUCGAUACCGAGUAUAAUCCUAAACAUGAAGCAGACGACUCAUUAUGUUAUUGCAAUCGACCACGUAAACUGCAUCCCAAUAUUAAUUCAGUAUCACCGAAAUGGAAUUGUAAAUCUCAUACUACAACAUUUAAAGCUAAAAAUCAACAAGGUAUAUUUGAUAAUGGCGCACACUAUUUGAGGUGUGAUGUUCUUGCUGAUCCAAAAGGACUAAAAUCUAUGUUAUUUGAAACAUGGCAAGUUAAACCAGACCCACGUUUAAUUAUAUCUAUUAUUGGUGGUACAAAAUAUUUUAAUUUAACAGAUAAAUUAGAAACAAAAUUUAUGGAUGCUCUUAUUAAUAUGGCGAUCAAUUCGGAUGCUUGGUUAUUAACAAACGGCUUUAAUGUUGGUAUUGUACAAUAUGUUGGACAAGCUAUACAUAAAAGUAAAUUAACAAAUGUAGAUAAACCAAUCGUUGCUAUUGGUUUACCAGAAUAUGGUUGUAUUAAAAACUUAAAACAAUUAAAAAAUCCACAAAAAACAAGUCUACAAGCCGCAUCCGAUGGUUCAUGUCCUACUCUCUGA